CAGCGCUGCGUAUUUGUCAAAAGCCCUUUCUCCCCCCCCUGCAAAAAAAAAAAAAAAAAAAAAAAAAGAAAAGACAAACGUUAGAGAGAAAAAAAAAUGGUUAAAUACACGCGACAGCACAGCGAGCUGAAACCCGAAGAGAUCCUGUCGGAGUCUGACGCGUCCACGGACCAGCAGGACUUCCCAGAGAUGCCCGACUAUUCUCUCAGCGACGUUUUGUACUCCAACUGUUCCGCAAUGGACCAGCUCGGCACGUUCAUGAGGAACGUGCAAGUGCUGCUCGAUGCAGCCGAUUACAUUGAAAAUGUCGAGAGGAACAACGGAAAAUGUGAACAUGGCUAUGCUUCAGCAUAUCCUGCAACACAGAUUGAACACCAACAGAAACAGCGUAAAUUCAAGAACAGAAAAUUGGACAAUAUUCACAAUAGGUCAGCACACAAUGAACUUGAAAAGAACAGGCGAGCGCAUCUCCGCCUGUGUUUGGAGAGGUUGAAGUCGCUCAUUCCUCUGGGACCAGACUGCAGUCGGCACACCACACUGGGACUGCUCAACAAGGCCAAAGCACACAUAAAGAAACUUGAAGAGAUGGACCGGAGGAGUCAGCACCAACUGGACACUCUAGAGCGGGAGAGGAGACAUCUGCAGAGGCAGCUGGCUCUGCUGCAGCCUCACGGCGAGUGGGAGAGGGUUCGCACAGACAGCCUCGGCUCCCGCAUGGACUCUGAUCGCUCAGAGUCUGACAGAGAGGAGAUCGAAGUGGAUGUGGAAAACACUGAGUUCUCCCAUGGAGAAAUGGACAGUGUUAGCACCAGUGGUGCGAGCGACCUGGACGACCACAGCAGCCGGCAGAGCUCGGCCAGUGACGAGGGCUACUCCACUUGCAGUCUAAAACUGGCCUUCUCUGCUUAAAAGCACCAGCCUAUACUUUUACCUAAGCUGCAAUCUUUUAUGGCUUUCAACGUCAGAGUACCGGCCUACAGCUCCAUGCUCUCCUACGGUUUAGGUUCACUGUCUUCAAAAGAACCAGCCUCAAUGAAAAAUCCAAUCCAAGAAAGAACCAGCCUUAAAUUCAGCUCAGUUUAAAAGGUACAAUGAUCUCCCUCCAAAAGCCGACAGGUCUUCUUUCCAUCUCCAACACUUUCCAGAACCAGCUUAAAUAUUUGGCAAUAGGCAACUCCCUUUUCAUAGUUGACUUAAAAACAAUCACCUGAAUGUCCCUUUACCUAUUGCCAGCUUGAAUCAACCCUAUCUGUUCUUCUGAGCAGAUACAGAUUCUGUAGAGUAAUCGCUAUUGCACCAGUGUCAAACACUGAAGGGUCGACUCUGCAUUUAAUCAAGCUCCUCCUCAGAAACCAGCAAAACACACUCACACACACAAAAAAAACGAUACCAGCUAGAAGCUCAACAUUGGGAACAUUUGCUCCAUUUGCCUUGUAAAAACAAUGCCCUUUUACAUUGGAUACUAUAUCCAGACAGCACUUCUUGUCAAUGUACAAGCCAGCAAGGGCUACGAUGUCUGCAUUCCAAAACCUGUUUCACACUUCGAUAAUCUCUGCUUUAGGACCCACAACCAUCACUGAUCUACGUGGUGUCCCUCCUCUUGAAGAAACAGUCCUAUCAAAAACAGGUGGUGUAGUCCAUCUUUGUUAUUUUAAUUUAUUUAGCAUAUAGUUCUAUUUAUUUUUGGUAUAUUUAAUCAUACUGUAGCAACAUCUUUGUCAUGCUUGAAUGAGGGAAAAAAAAUGUAACUUUCUCCCCUUUUACUGUUUCUGAAAAUGUUUACCAAAUGUACUCGUUCCCAUUAAAGCACAUGUCGUGCUAUGAGUUAAAUCCAUUACUCUGUUAUCUAGCUCAAUGAUUUCACACUGUGUGCAAAUUCAGUUAAUUUAGAUGCUAAUAAGUCAUCCUACACUUGCCCAAGCACAAAGCUCAAGCAAUAAUGUGUCCAGUUAGGUCACGCCUGUGAUGUUGGCUGGAUUUAGUACAUUAUUCUGUCUGUUUACUCCCAAAAUACAGAUUUACAUUUGCUUCAGUAGUAAUAUCAGCUACUAUUAAUCAGCAGUCAAAUGAUUGUAAUUGACUUAAAACACUAUGGUGCAUGUGUCUUGAAUGUAUCCUUUCUAAUUAUUCUUUAACGUGCUUUGGAUUGACAAGUUAAAUCAUAAUAAUAAUGAUGAUACUGUUGUAGCAUGAACAAGAACUUCUAUACUGUACCAUGUUUUUGUUUGAUGGUGUUUCUUUUUUUUUGGUACUGUAGCAAGAUUUUAAAAAGUGUUGAAAUUUGGAGACUUCUCACUGAUAACUCAAUAUAUGUUAAACACAGAAUUGCACUGUUGACCUGUUCGAAUCCAUGAAACCAAAUAAGACAUUUCAGUAUAAUCAUUUAUCUGCAUUCCACUGAUCCAAGUUCUGAAUAGAUCACCACCAAAUUGUGUCUUAACAUGGGGACUGACUCUUGCACAAAGUUCCUUGCUGGUGGUCCUUCACUACUCCUCCCAAUAUAAAAUGCACUAUGACAGAAAAAAAAUGUUUUGUUAACUAAUGAAAUUGAGGCACACCCUAGAUUUUUUUUCUUUUUUUUUUGUGCUUUGAUCAACCCUUUCAAGGUGACUUUUGUGCAAAAUAUGUGCUGCUGGUCCCCUGCUUAAACUUUGUUACAGUUCCUAAUAAGUAUUCCUGGAAUCUUAAUAAACCUCGACACACAAAUACCAAAGUUGUCUUUU